AAAACCCACCAGGCUUUGCGGUUAAGUUUGUCCCUCGGGCGCUCCUGUAUGAGUCCCGGAAGUGGCGGCUGUUUCCUUCGCUGGCCAGUGAUCAAGGAGACUGGUCUGUCGGGAAGGCUGAGGCCCCACCGGUGGAGCUGCAGCAGGAGCAGGCCUAUAGGGAGGAGAAGGGCCGCAGGCGGAGAUGCACCAGGAGGUCCAUCGGGAAGGCUGAGGCCGGGCUGGGACAGAGAGCUGCCCGCGUGGAAAAGGCUGUGCAGGAACCGCCGCGGAGUCGAGGGUCGCCGGCAGGAUGGAUUCCUGGGUCCGGUUCAGUGCCCAAAGCCAAGCCAAGGAGCGGGUGUUCAGGGCUGCCCAGUAUGCCUGCACCCUCCUUGGCUACACGCUGCAGAAGAACGGGGCCAGUCCGGAUUUCCUUGCUAGGAUCAAGCAGCUGGAGGCUCACCUGAGUUUGGGGCGCAAGUUGUUUCGGCUGGGGAAUUCGGCAGAUGCCCUGGAGGCCGCGAAAAGGGCCAUCCACUUGUCGGACAUGGUCCUCCGUUUCUGCAUCACCGUGAGCCACCUGAACCGAGCCAUGUACUUCGCCUGUGACAAUAUCCUGUGGGCAGGGAAGUCGGGCCUCGUUCCCCGCGUGGACCAGGAGAAAUGGAGCCAGCGAUCCUUCAGAUAUUACCUCUUUGCGCUGAUCAUGAACCUGAGCCGGGACGCCUACGAAAUCCGGCUGCUGACGGAGCGCGAGGCCAACGGGAAGUGCCAGAAAGGCGGCGGCGGCGCCAGGGAUGACGCCCGCCCGCCAGCAGAAGACGGCCGGCUCCAGCAGCUGGCCCUGCGGCUGAGGCGGCAGCUCCGUCUCCUGGCGUGCGUGCUGAGGAGCAACCCCCCGCUGCUGCUGGACCUGGUGAAGAACGCCUGCGACCUCUUCAUCCCCCUGGACAGGCUGGGGCUGUACAAGACCAGCGCGGGCUUCGUGGGCCUCUGCGGGCUGACCUCUUCCGUCCUCUCCAUCCUGGCCUUCGUCCACCCCUGGCUGAAGCUGAAGCCUUGAAGGGAGCCGGGGGUGGGGCUGGCUUCCCGGCGUCGGCAGAGGGGGCCGCUGGGGGUGAGGCUUCCUCCCAAACGCUCGGAGGUGGCCGUGGACUCCUGCCUGUGGCCCUCUGGGUGGCCUCUCUCCUCCGCCUCCGAGGUCUUGGCUCUGUUGGGUUGUUGUGGGCGUCCCUUUCUUGUUCCACUUGGCAGGACAUCCUGGCCGGGAUUUUGAGGACACGGACCCCGCGCCCCGGGCAUCUUCUUGUGUCUCCCCUCUCCCUCCCACAGCGCCUCGGCCCACACUUCGUCACCCGCCCAUCUCCUCUCCAAGGCACUUCCGGCGGCCGCCCCCUCGCAAACUGUGGGGAGCGCCUCCCUCAUUCGGCCCGUCGAUGGAGCCGGGGCUGGGAUGGGGGCGGUUCCGGCUCGGCCAAUCCACACACCCGGCUUCUUCCAGGUGGGCCAAGAGAGGAGGGACAGGAUGCAGAGUUCAAGAUGCUUGCCGGGAAGGCGGGGGCGACGGGACCUUGGGACCUUUCAGCAUCCUUGCUGCUCUCGUUGAGUUGGGUGGAGAACAAGGGGGUGAGGAAUGGCCGUGGGGCACGCUGGAGCUGAAGAAGGAGCCCCCGGCUAACAAGCUCCUUGGGGUCCAGACGCGCCACCCCCAUGAACAGUGCUUCGAGUCUGGGCCUUCAGCUACGCCGUUUGUAACUCGGAACAGCAGCAUAUCGGCAACCAGAGAAUCCCCUCCUUGCGGUUCAUUCUAGGGAUCCACCCCGACGCCCCGCUCUUUCUCCCUUUCCAUAAACACAACCUAUGAUGUCUUGUCUGUGAGUCCGUGGUUUGGAGCGUGACGUUUGAAAGAGCCGGGCUCUGCAAACUUGUCCCCUGCCCCGCAAAAGGUGGUGUUGGCCUACAACUCCCAUCACCCCCCCGCAGCUGCAGUGGCCUGUGGGUGAUGGGAUUUGUCGUCCAGCAGUAGCUGGCGACCUGCGUUCCCUGUCACAGAUUCCUGGGGAUGAUGGGAUCGGUAGUUAACAUCUGGGAAUCGCUGUUACACAGGGCUGCUCAACUUCGGCCCUCUUGCAGGUGCAGGCCUGGCUAUUGGCCGCUGUGGCUGGGGAUGAUGGGACUUGUAGUCCAAAAACAGCUGGUGGGGGGAAGAUGAGCAGGCCUGCUAUCACGGAACGUCACUGGGGGCCAAAGGUUGGGAAACCUUGUCUUGGGUCAAGGGUUCCCAACCUGUAGGAUUCCAGGUGUUGCUGGACUACAACUCCCAUCACCCCCAGCUAACACACACUAUUGUGGCUGGGGAUGACGGGUGUUGUAGUUCAUCAACAUCUGGAAGACCACAGGUUGGGAACCCAUGCCUCGAAUUUUCCUCUGGUCUCUCUUUAAUCCUCGAUGGCCAGCUUUAUAAAAAUUUGCCCUCGGCAGGGAGCCUGACUCUUCUGUCGGGCAGUCAUCAGAACUUGCGUUCCUUAGAGUUUUUUGGGGGGUGGGGACUGCUUUUUAAAGUAAGGUUUUGUGGCAAGGCAGAGCCCAGCCUGAACUCUGAGAGGACCCCUGCCAAACGAGAGAAUUAUUCCAGAUGCAGCUUUUCCCCCACGCAGUGCUGUAAUGGUGGGUGAAGCUGUAUCUGUUGGAUUUCUCUCUCCUGCGCCCCUCUUAAAAGUGACACAGGGGCCCCCUCUUUGGGGCUGGGGCUGGGAACCCAGUUCCUAGACACGGUGCGCUUGCCAGCUGCAUCCUCUGCACAGAGAACCCGCGUGUGUGGCAGUUGCAUGGCAGGCAGAAGUUCAACCUGUGCUGUGGAACUGCUGCACUCCAGAGCCACAGGUCUUUAAGCACAGCUUUGCAAAGAUCCCACCCCAUUUUCUCCCCUACUCUCUGGCUGUCAUUUAGGGACGAGGGGAGUGGGCUUCUAGCUCCUCACAGCUGCCUGUCGUCCCCCCCACGCACCCCCCUCAUUUUCUUCUUCCUGCUCCUUAAUACCCCUCCAGCCACCCACCACUCGAGUCUUAACCCCUACCCCAUCUUUGCGACUGAACCCCUAACCUGGAACAGGUGGCGCUCUCUUCUUGGUUCAGCCUGGGGCUUCGCAAACGUGGGUCUCCAGAUGUGGUUGGACCAAAACUCCCAUCAUCUCCCCCCACCAUUGUGGCAGGGGGUGAUGGGAGUUGUAGUCCCACCCCAACUGAGGACCCACGUUGAGAACCCCUGGGCCACACCAUUUUUCCCCAACCCCAAGCAGUGCCCGUGCUCCUUUUCCCCUUGUAAGUCUCGUCGGUUGAUGAUUGGAGCGAAUAAAUCAAAUAAUGUUGGCA